CACCAUCCACCCUUACCAAAUUACCAAUUACCAAUCUCUUGCUCUCUCUAAUAUACAUACAUAUAUUAGUACAGUUGCCAACAAUCACCAUCCCUGAUUUUUUCCAUCUUCUAAUCGGACACAACCACCAUCCUGCCGCCGCCACCUGCCAUCAUCACCAGUCCACCACCAUCCUCCAUCACUGAACUUCCCAACCCAUCUCUCCUCCAUCAAUGAUUUAAACCUGCAAUUUAAUUACUAAUCACAAUGUCACUGCCUCUCAGUUGAUUUAAGGAGCCUCAACUCCCCACCCAUCUUCCCUAUAAUCUAGACCCCUCUAUGUUUAAAUCCGUUGACCCAAAUCAAACCCUAAAAAUCUCAAAUCUUCAAACAAACAAACAAUUUCACACCGAUUUUGAUUCAGAGCUUCAAGAUCUGUUUGAUUACACCGUCAGAUCGCACCCUGUUCCAAAAAGGGAAAUAUGGAAUGAUAAUCUUGAAGAAGAGUUUGCUUUGAUUCGAGAAAUUGUUGAUGAUUACCCUUAUAUUGCAAUGGAUACUGAGUUUUUUGGUGUUGUUAUUCGUCCAUUGGCACAGUUUAAGAAUAUUAAUGAUUAUAAUUAUGUGACUUUAAAGGAUAAUGUUGAUAUGUUGAAAUCGAUUCAACUGGGUCUUACUUUUUCUGAUGAAGAUGGGAAUUUACCCACUUAUGGGACUGAUAAGCCUUGCAUUUGGCAGUUUAAUUUUCACAGGUUUAAUGUCAAUGAAGAUAUCUUUGCAAAUGAUUCGAUCGAGAUGUUAAGGCAGCGUGGGAUUGAUUUCAAGAAUAAUAGUGUGAUUGGUAUAUAG